AUGCCUGUAGAUGGGGCUGCUGAGAAACCAAAUGUCAGCCAGUGCGCGGGCGCUGGCGACAAGAGUCGUAUGAAAGAAGGCAUGUUUGCCUAUCUUCAAGCCGUAUGUCCGUACGCGACGCCCGCGCAGCUUUCCGCCGUUUUACUCAGCACCGACGACAUUGAAAAGGCGGUGCGGUGCCUCUACGACGCACAUAACCCAGAUAUUUCCGGCAUUAACUGCCUGAAGGAGCAAUGGUCUUCCAAACUGAACACGGAGGACGAGGGGAACUCGUCCUCGCGAGUCAAUCCCUUUGAGGGCGUCGAUCUUUUGUUAACCAAUCGCGCGCGGGAGAUCUUCCGGAACGGUUACUUUUCCAACCUUUCCUUGACGCGAGAUUACAACUACACCGUGCGCGUCUUCCCCGUCGAUACGUCGGAGUGGGAUCGGGAGGUGCUGUUGAAGCCGCGUCUGCUGCAGGAUGCGCUCCGUCAGCGACUCACCCUCGCCGAUGAAGAGAUGCCGGGGUCGAGCUCGACGUUGCCUCCGAACUGGACCUCUUUCAAUAUGCCCUCUCAGCCCUCGCGCGCUAAUUUGCAAACCGUGGCAGGGAGUUCAGGCCAAAGGCCCUCCUCGCGUUUCGAGGGGGCCCCGAAGGCGCCUAUUAUUCGAUGGCUCGCCGGAUUCUCAAGUGUGGGAUUUUCUGCUCAAAAUCUCCCCCAGCGAACGGAGACCGACAUUUUGGACAGGUUGUUCUCGCUAAAUGAUUAUUCUAAAACUUAUCCGUUGGAGACUGUUAGUAUUAAACCCCCAAAGGAUACCGGUAGGGAUUCUGAGAAGUUCGACGCGAUGGAAACUCCUGAGUUGUUUUGCCCUAUAAUCCCUAAUGAGACCUUUAGCAGCAACGGUGCGGAUGAGGGUGAGGGCUCGCGGUAUUCGAUGACGUUCAGUCAAGAAGAGGGGGCAUCUCAUCGACAUGAAACUCAACCAUCCACUUUGCAUAAAGAGGAUAAUCAUAUUACACCCUUCCGCGCCCGAUCACCUCGGGAAAAGCAAGCUAACACCAAGUUACCUGGAAAAACUCAGUCAUCCUCACCGAUCUCGGAGCUCCACGAUUUUAAGUCGGAGGAUUCGCAGGGUAAUCGUCCUUUAAAUUCCCCGAGGUUUGAGGCAAAUCCGAAAAUACCGCCUUCGCCCAGUGACCCCACGGCGGGCAUGAAGCCGGGCGCCCUCAGGGUGGCUUCAAGCAAAAACGUAUCUUUCCCCAUCACCCAACGCGAGCACGGCGAGAUGGAUAUUUUGGAUGUCAUCUUAUCGCAGGGCUCUGAAAACGUUAGGUUUCUCAUCGAGGAGAAAAAUCGCUGGAAAGCUAUAACAUUCCUGCUGGGGAACUUCUCGAACGUGUUCCGCGGUGAGAACAGUUGUGAUCUGGUUAAGGAGGUGUUCACCCGCUGUCCGUUGUUUGUGGAGCAGAUCGACGACAUCAUGCACGCUUUGUUGCUCCUCCUCGCCCAGGAGGUCCCCGGAUGGAGGUUAGUGUCGCCGUUAGAGGAAAUUUCCGUCUACGUUCCAUUUCUAGGACCCAAGCUUCUCUCAACAAGCGAAUUUAAGAUUAAGGAACUGUUGUUUGAUCAAAGCAAGAGCAGCUGUCAGUUUGUCGACAAUGGUGUGUGUCUUGAGGUGAGGAUUUUUAUUAGCAAACUUCUCUUCCAUCCCAUACAAUUUGCUUUCAUUGGAGAAUCCAAUGCAAGCAGGCAAAACAGACAGAUGAAUAGCAUUCACUCCCACGGGUACAAAGUUUUUGCCUAUACAAAGGGAGUUACAAACGGCGAGCUCAAAGUUAAGAUGCGCGACGUUAAUAUUAAACUCCGCGCCAAAGUGUUAAUUGCAUUUAAGGACUUCCCGGAAAUCCUCAUUGAGGAGGCGUCAGUAUCUGUAAAAUCGCUCAAAUUAUCAAACAGCGUGACCAAGCUCGACUUGUUGUAUACACUUAUGAAGCCCUACAUCACGUCAAUCGUGGAAAAGGGCAUCCAUGAUGCGUUGAUUGGGUCUCAUAGAUUGUGA